AGCCCGGCCGGUGAUCCCCCGCCGCCACCGCCGCUGCCCCGGGGUCGCCCCGCUGCACAACUACCUCAGCACCCGUUCCGCCCGCCGCGUCCCCAGGUUUUUGCCCUGCCCUAGGGUGCCCCCGUGAGGCCGCUCCCGGACCCCACCAUGUUCCAGCGCCUCACCAGCCUCUUCUUUGGCGCUCCCCCGACCCCCGAAGACUCCGAGUGUCCCAGCGCCUUCGUCUCGGAGGAGGAUGAGGUGGACGGCUGGCUUAUCAUUGACCUGCAGGACAGCUACACGGCUCCAGGGGCCACCGCUGCCCCCGUGGGCCGUCCUCCGCCCGCGCCCUCCUUGAUGGACGAAAGCUGGUUUGUUACCCCUCCUGCCUGUUUCACUGCAGAGGGGCCCGGCCUCGGGCCCGCCCGCCUCCAGAGCAACCCCCUGGAGGACCUCCUCAUCGAGCACCCCAGCAUGUCCGUUUACGUCACUGGCAGCACCAUAGUGGUGGAAUCUGGGCCUCCUUCCCCGCUGCCGGACGCUGCCCUGCGGGAUGGUGACCUUAGUGAUGGAGAGCUGGCGCCCGCUCGUCGCGAGCCCCGUGCCCUGCACCAUGCCGCCGCCACCGGCGCUGCUCCUCUGCCGGCGCGGGCCGUGCUGCUGGAGAAGGCCGGCCAGGUACGACGGCUGCAGCGGGCCCGGCAGCGCGCCGAGCGCCACGCGCUGAGCGCCAAGGUGGUGCAGCGGCAGAACCGCGCCCGGGAGAGCCGCCCGCGCCGGCCCAAGCACCAGGGCAGCUUCGUCUACCAACCGUGCCAGCGCCAGUUCAACUACUGAGCGGGUGCCGGCCACGCCAUGAACCCCCCUCACCCUCUCCCAAUCCCCGUCUCGGGGGGGUGGGGGGGCCCUCCGCCACAGCUAGUGCGCAGCUUGGAGGGCGGCCGCCACAACCUUGCGCCCAGUCCCACCACCUCUCUCCUCCUCUGGGUGUGUGAGGUGGGGUGCCAGCCCUUCCUUCCCGGACCCUCUUUAUUUCUCCACCCUCGAACCUCUCUAAUCUGCUUCAGACCCCUUGCCCCCUUAACUCCACUCCUCCUUGCCACUCCCAUUCCUGCCUCACCCCCCACCUCCAGCCCUUUCCUUUUCUGGUCCCCAUUCCUACUUUUCCUUCUUGGCCUCUUUCCACUCCUGGAUCUGGCUCAUCCCCCACCCUCCCGUUCCCAGUAGCUUCCUCCCGAGCAGAGCCCAGCUCUGACAACCUGUAUUGGUUGGGGGAGAACUCCCUCUUCCUUUGCCCUGGGGGUUUGGGCUCUUUGGAGCUAGCACAGGCAGCAGAAGGUCAAGUAUGUGGACAAGGACAGUGAAAUGUGGGGACGAGGGUGAAGGUGGAGGGAUUCAAAGGAAAGAGGCACCUGGCUGGAGAGGCAGACAUGGAGGCACAGGUUGAAGGAGAGACAGGUCUAGAAACAAACAGUAGGGGAGAGGGCAUUGUGGGAGCUGGUGACCCUGUGCUGGCUUGGAGAGGCCCUGCCCUGCCUGCAGGCUGAGCCUGGAGCUUACCCCGACACCCCUCUGCUGCUAUCCUACUUCUCAGAGCUUUCCCUAACAUGUACCCCCUCCUGCAUUCCCCCCACCCCUAGUCUGAAGGGCUUCCGGGGCAUUUUGCCACCCUUGCCCUGAUGUGCCUCCUCCGGAGCAGAAGCUGGGCAAGGCCCUGCUCUCCUGGCCAUCUGUUCACAUGCCCACGGUGCUAGAAGUGGCUGAGGAGAGGUGCAGGCCAGAGGGCUUCUGGGCCUGGGGAGGACCAGCACCCCAGGACAAGGAAGCUGAGGGUUGCUGUUGUGGAUGGAGACAGUCCAGCCUUCACUGGGCUCCGGCCUCAGAUCUAACCCCCAAUGUGCUCGGGCGUGGGGACUAAACACUCCUAAGAAAGGAGGCUUGGGGCGAGGACCUUCAGGUCCUGCUCAUGUCCUCCAGCAAGCCUCUUCCUUUCUAGGCUGCUGGGGGAGAAUUGCAGGCCGAGGGCUCUCCCCUUCCCUUCUCCAGUUAGUACCUGGGGGUUCUACUGGAGACUCUGGUGAGGUAGCCUGGCUGGGCGGUGCAGGGAGUGGCCCACCUCUUGGCCAUGUGCUAAAUCUCGGGCUCUAACACCAGCAACGGCCUCUCGGGAUGCCCUGAGUUGCUUCCUGUGCCCUCUUUUUAGUGUGUGCUCUUCUCCUGAAACUUUUCAGACUUCCUGUUACAUAUGAACAUAGGUCUAGCCCCGCAGUCCCAUUCCUGGUUUCCAGGCCUCACAAGCUGAGCUGAGACUUGGAGAAAACUCUUGCAUUCCUAUGAGGGCAAAGAAAGCUGCCUGCCUGGAUCAGACAGCGCCGGGCUUUCCUGUUGGGGUGGGGCGUGGGGUGUGGGGAAGGGAGGAGAUGGCUCUGUGGAUCCAGGAUGGGGACAGGGAAAGCCUUGUGGGGAUACACCCAGAGAAUAAGCCAAAUGGACAGUAAAAGUAGGUCAGAGACCCCGUGUCAGCCCAUAAGGGCUCCAACUGUUGUCCACAAGCCUUCCCGGCUGAAGUGAGUCUUCAGUGAGAGUCUUGUCACUUCUUCCAGCUGUCCCUUGGUCACUGUAUAGCCAGCCAGCUUAGGAUCUUCAGCACUUCUGAGAGCUGAAACUCCAACCCCUCCUGCUUAGUCACACUGCCAGCUGGGGCCUAAGCUCGGUCCUAGACAAAGGGCAUUUGAUACAACUAUUAGACGGUUCUGCCCUCAUCUCUAAUUCUGGAGGCUCCUGUAGUUCUAGAACUCUCUAGUCUUCCACCGGCUGGUUGGAAGGGUCAUACUCUUUUUGUACUUUCCUAGAUUCUGUAGCAUUUGCGUGUGGCCAUAUUCUAAUUGUGUAUAGAUUUCUAAGAAUCAACACUACUUGGUCUCCUGCUUGUCUGACUCCUGAAGCAUCAGGCCUUGUCAUACUGUAUUGACUGUGUAUGUGCCUUUCACCUUGAGCAUGCUUCAGGAUUUUUUUUUUUUAAACCACAGAACUUGAAUACCUGAGGGAACCAGAAUUCAAAGUCCUAUGCAACCUUAGACAGGAGGGGAUAAGAGUCUGUCCCUGACUGGGUAUUUCCAGAACCCCUGGAGAAGUUGGAGUCAGUUGGCGAGUGUUAAUAUUAAUGCUACCAGCACCUUGCCAAAACUGAGGAUGUCAGAGACCUUUCGAAAGUGAAUCCCAUUUACGUUAGAGGGUUACUUCCCCAUUGUUCUCCACUGAGUCUGAGUGGUUCCCUCAAGCUGUCACUUUCUAGCCUUUGCCAGUCUAGGCCUAAGAGGGCAUCGUGCGUGCAUGUGUGUGUGUAUGUGUGUGUAUGAGCAGUUUGGAGUAUGCCUGCUCCCCAGCCCCCUGGAUGACUCCCCUGGAUACCUGUUCUGACCCCAAUGUCUUAGGGGCAGCGAGGACCCUGCCAGAGUCCUUGGAUGCUUUCCCAGCUCCAUGUGGGCUUUAUAGGCAGGGACUGAAUGCAAACAAACUACGGCCCAUUUCUAGUACUUUCCCUUUUGCCCUGCCACCCAGUUCCAAAUGGAACCAAGUUGAGUGCAUCCCUGUUGGGUGUUUUGUGUUGAGACUGGCUGAGACGAGGAGACUCUGGUUGACCAUGUUAUGAUGUGUCAACAGAUUCAAGGGCAUGACCGCCUUGACCUGGUCCUGUGGCAUGCCUGUGUAUGUGUGUAACAGGAUUCUGAUUGUUAGACUGUAAAUGUAAUGCUGUUCCUAUAUGGGAGAAAAAAAUUAAUAUAAAGAAAAACAAAUAAAAAUCUAUUUAAAGCACA